ACCUCUUACACAGAUAGCUUAUAAGUCCAAGAGAUCAAGGCGGAUCAUCCUCAAGGUUUCCGCAGAUGCAGGGGUUUUUUACCUCUUGGCGCCACCCAACGAGUCCCACUCUACGACGUCAAACAUCAAAUCUUUACUGCACCUGAAUAAGCCCACGUACCCUAAACCUUGAUCACUUUCAACAUCAAAUAUGCAUUUUCAACCAGUCGAGCAAAUGAUCGACGAAGCAUAUACCGCUCGUCCUCAGGACGCACAAGCUGAUACUGCACCCGCCAAUGAUGCUCUUGACGACGUUUUUGGCUCAGGACCUUCAUCGCCCACAGAACAUCGCCAUGACGAUGAGUCAGCUACAGCACACCCCUCAGAUAUUCGCCGCUUGCAAACAGAGCACACAACUGCUGGAUACCGUGAGGGCAUUACCGUUUCAAAAGAAAGCAGUCUACAAGCUGGAUUUGACGAGGGUUUCAGUCUUGGUGCAAGCGUUGGCAUGAGAGCAGGUCAAAUUUUGGGCUUGCUCGAAGGCAUCAACGAAGCUGUCCGUGGGCUCAACGAUGCAGAUUCUUCCAAACUCGCCGAGCUCACGAAACAAGCGCACGAAGAACUAAGUACGCAAGGCUUAUUUACACCUGAAUAUUGGUCUGAAGAUGGUAACUGGAAAUAUGAGGUCACUCUAGCUGCGGGGGCCGAAGAUGUUGUGUUUUCAGAUGUGGCUGAUGCUCAUCCACUUGUCAGGAAGUGGACGAAGAUCGUGGAUGAGCAAGUCGCUUUGUGGAAGAUAGAUAGGAGCAUUUUGGAUGAUGAGACUGGGGUUAGGUUGGAGAGGGAUGAACCACUUGGUUCCGGGGCUGCACCGACAGCAAAGAAGCCAUUAGAUUGGUGAACAUAGGAGAAUCACCAUCACUGCAACGAAGGAAUACGGGGGUAUAAGUGUGCAUGGAAAAGAUUGAGACUCAAAGAUACUGCAAAACCUGAAGC